AUGCGGUCAUCGUCUUUGCAUUUGAGUAUCAGUCACUUGAAAUACCCGUCUCCAUUUUAUCAUCGAAUUUCGUUCGAUUCGUUCCACAGCUUACUCUACUUUUCUUUUCCUUCUAUUCUUUCUUUCUUUUCCUCUCCUAUAUAUUUCUUUCUUUCUUUAUCUUUAUUUUUUGUACUUCUUUUUCUUUUCUCUCUUUUUUUUUCUUUUCUGUAUCUUUUCCGUUUCUUUCAUUCAUUCAUUCUUUCAUUUUUCUUUCUUUCUUUCUUUCUUUCUUUCUUUCUUUCUUUCUUUCUUUAUUUUCACGCUUUACCCUACCUAUUUUUCUUAAUUUUUAUCCUCUUUCUUUCUUUCUUUCUUUCUUUCUUUCUUUCUUUCUUUCUUUCUUUCUUUUAUUCAGUUUCCUUUUCUUUAAUUAGCAUUCAUUUUCAUACGCGCCAAUAUUUUCAUUUCUUCGGCUGUUUUCUUUCGUUUUCUUCUUUAUUUCCAUGCAUUUUCUCUCUUUUGUUUUUUGGGGUUUUUUAUUUUAUUUCUUUAUGUUCCAAUCCAUCCAUAAAACAUUAUGACUUUUCCUUUAUAUCUUUUUCUAUGUUUUGCUUCGUUGACGCAUUUUUUCCAUUUCCAAAUUCUCUUCUUUUAUCUUUUUGGAAAUUCUUUUAA